AUGUUUAUUCAAUUUUUUGAUUUUAUUUGACAAAAUUCAAAUAAAAUGUCUGAAGAUAAUUACUCUGAAGAUUUUGAACCUGACCAAAUAGCAGAAGAAGAGCAUCAGCUGAGACUUUCAUUCGAGCUGCACUCAGUAAAAGAUUUGCCUGAGUCAGCAUUUCUUUAUGUCAAAUUUAAUUACCCACUUCUAGGAAAUGGGCGCACUCAAGCAGCAAAUAUUCGAAAAAACACAGAAUGCAGGGUAGAAAACGCCUUUCAAGCCCAUGAAUUUGCUAUGACAAAAAACCAGCUUUUGCCUACAUUAAGCAGCUCUCCUUUUGUUUUAGAAGUCUGGCAUGCUGAUAAAUUCACAAAAGACAAGCAGCUUGGAACAGUCUCAAUUAAAAUGGAAGAUCUGCUGCGAGCGCCGCUUAAAAAGACAGCUGAAAGUGUCCUCAGAGUUCUAGACUCCUGGCUUUCAAUAGAAAAUGACUCUGGAAAAUACGGCCAAAUCCGAGUUUUACUAUAUCUAGAAGAUCUAGGUUUAAAAAAACCAGGCGCAGCUUUAGCCCAAGCCACCCACCCAACUGACUACCAAACUGCUUUUGAGCUAGAAGUAUGGAAAAAAUCAGAAGAAGCCAAAUGAAAAGCCACAUUAAAAGAAAAAGAACAGCAGCACAUUGCCUUAGCCUCUGUAGAGUGGCAAGAGCGUGAAAACCAGCGCGAAAGGCAAUUCCAAAAAAUCACAACUGAGCUUACCCAGCUAGAAAACAAAGUCAGAGCUAAAGCAUUAGAGCUUCAAAAAAGGGAACAAAAAAUAAUCAGCCUUGAAGACGAAUUAAGGCAAAAAAUCAACGACACAGGCAGACAGUUAGCUAUAAAAGAAGAAGAAAUCCAAAGCUUGAAAAACCGGUUUAACGACUCUAGAAAUGCAGUUUCUAAAGAAAAUAAAGCCCUGCAAGCUAAACUUGACCAGCUCAGAGAAGAGCUUAAAAAAACAGAAGAAGAGCUAUAUAGGGUAAGACGGGAACAAGACUCCACAACAGUCCAAAAUUUAAGGACUGAGCUUAAUAAUAAACAGCUAGAAAAUAUCGAAAUGAAAAGGCAGCUCGACCAGAUGGCAGCUAUGAAAGAAAGCUACAGGCAGCAGUUCGAAAAAAUAAAAAGUGAGCUUGUCAGAGCUUUAAGAAGCCACGAAGACGAAAAAAAAGAAUGGCAAAAGCGAGAAAUAGCUGAAAUUGCCCAGCUUAAGCUGACUUUAGAAUCGAAAAAAAUCCAAGAAGAAGAAUCCAAAGAGCUUAAACAAGUCAAAGAAGACCUCAUAACCCUCCAAAAAACCUUCAAAGAAAAUCAGCCAGACAACCUCAAGCCAAACCUGUCAAAAACUGAAAAAGUCUUCGAAAACCGCAUCAAUCUUCCAAUUCCCCAUACCUCGGAAUUUUAUUCCGCCAAAGAAGAACCUUCUUCAGUAGAUGAGCUUACACGACUAAAAACAGAAAAAGCUGAACUUAUUGCUUCAGGGAUGUAUACUGAAGAAGACGCCUUAAUUAUCGAGCUGGAUCGCCAAAUCGCAUUUUUAAGCAUUUAA